AUGGUUCUCACUGUCCACCACCUAGUCGCGUCGCGCUCGCAGCGCAUUCUGUGGCUUCUUGAAGAGCUCGAGGUACCAUACGAAGUGAAGAUCUACGAGCGCGUCGGCUGGGGCGCACCUUCAUCUCUCAAGGCCGUCCACCCCCUCGGAAAGUCUCCUAUCAUCACGGACGGAGACUUGACACUUCCGGAAAGCGGCGCCAUCAUCGACUAUAUUAUCAGGAAAUACGGGCAGGGGAGGAUUACCCUGCCUACUGAGGGUAAGGCGCUGGCGGAUGAGCUGUACUACUCCCAUUCCGCGGAGGCAUCACUGAUGCCGCUAAUCGUUAACAAGGUCUUCUGCACGCGUAUAAUCCCGGGGCAGACGCCAGAGGAGGAGCGCCCAGUCGUGACCGACGUCCUAGGAAAGGUCGCACAGACGCUGUACGAGCCGCCGAUAAAGAUACGCAUCGACGAGCACUUGAGCAAGAACAAGUGGUUCGCAGGUGGCGAGGGGCCGACCGUUGCGGACUACAUGAUGAUUUUCCCGCUGGAAUUGCUGCGCCAGAGCGGAUCGUCGACGCCACACAUCGACGCGUACAUUGACCGAGCGCAAACGAGGCCUGCUUAUCGAAGGGCCAUAGCAAGGGGCGGACCUUACCUGUACGAUUACCAAACGGUGGCGAGAUAA